AAAUGACCACAGCCCUCCCAAACGGCCCCCUUGGCCAGGCCAGUCCCCUCCAAACACCCCUCCGCCCCCUGCCCAGGCUGCCUGACCUGCUGUUCUCUUCUCGCAGCCACCCCAUGGCGCCUGGCCCAGCCCCGUGCACUGUCCGCAGCCCUGUUGUGCUGCAGGUGGGAGAUGUGAAGACAGAUCUGGCCCGGCCCGGUGUGGCCAUCAUCGACGUGGUCUUACCGCCCGCCCAGCCCCUGGAUUUGCAGGAAAUCGUCUUUAAGAACUCCUACACGGCUUUCCUGACUGUGCGGGUGCAGCGGCGCCGCCCCUGUGAUGUGGGGCGUGAGGGUGCCAGGAAGUGGGUCACCUGCUUGUGGAAUCACUGCCUGAUGCCCAGCCCGCACACAGAGACCGGCUCCCAGGAUUACUUCUCUCUCUUCAGGCAUCAGAUGCUUUGUGAUGUGGAUCAGGUGACUGCUGUGCGUUUGAUUCUUCGCCAGCCCUCGCCCGUUUGGCUGAACUUCACCCUGGAGGAGCUGCGGCUCUACCCCAAGGACCAGCAGAGCCUGCAGACAGAUUUCCCGACCUGGCUGUCUCACUUGGCCCCCCAGCAGCAGCCAGAAAACCUGCAUGGGGGUAUCCCCGACCCGGAAAAGGUGUCUACAGAAGUCCAGCAGCUGUGGGUACUAACAGAGAUGAUCCAUGCAAACCAGACGGCAGCCCGAAUCGGGCGUUUUGAUGUGGAUGGCUGUUACGACAUCAAUCUGCUCUCCUACACCUGAGCUCUGGCCCAGGCUGCCUGCCCCGAACUUACCGCCUGCACGGCAUGUUUUCUUCAUCGUUGAUUGGAGUCUGCUUCAGCUCUCCACAGUCAAGAGGGUUGUUUUUUCUCCCUCCCUACCUGUUCUGUUUUCCCUCAGCAUCUCCUACAGCAUUUCUUGGGCUUCUCCGCUCCCUGGCGCUGGCCAGACUCCUCCGUCUGGAUCUCCCUGGGGCCUGCAGAGUUCCUCUUCUGGCACCACAUAAGCUCCCUGUUCUGGGCCUGGCAGGCAUGUCCCAGUCUCCUGAUCAAACCGUUCUGCGGGUGUUUGGCAAAAUGCCCCCCCUCCCCAGAAUUUCCGAUUAAGCCGGCUGCCAGUGGGAUCUGGGUUGUCAAUAACCCUGCGGUCGGUGAAGCUCAAGGGAUGUGCUGGGCUCCGGGAACAGAGUUACUGCCCUGAAUGCUGUACCAGAGCCCUCCAAGCUUGGGGCUGCCUGGGGCUCAGCGUGGGGCUGGUGUGCUGCAGGCAUGGGAGUUGUGGCACAGGGGAGGGACUGUGACAUUCCCUGUUUGAUUGCUAUUGCCUGUGGGCACAGGUGGCAUCCAUCUGGCUGUGCUGUGGAAGGUGCUACCUAAAAGCCACAGGGGCUGGGGUUUGUCUCUCUCCCCUCCAGUGCUGCUGUUCUGGGCAAAACUCCCAGCAGCCCCAUGCUCUGCUCCCGAGCACCCAGUCCCUUCAUAACGCUGGGGUGUGGGCUAGUUCGAGGGUUCACCGGGCUGCUCAAAAAAGCAGGGGAUGGGGUGUGUCUUGGGAACCCCUGCAGCAACUGAGCCCCACUUUGUGCCAUUAACUCUCCCGGGAGGUGCAGUGGACAGUGCUGCCACCAGACAUGGGGUAAUGGCAUGACUGCCACUUUCCCUGGUAUUCAGGGCAGUGCCCAUCUCUCCCUCGUCAGCGAGCCAGGCCUGAGCAAUGGCAGGAGGUGAACAGCCUGGCCUCUCCCCAUGUUCUUUCCAAGGGGGCUGGAGUAGCUGAGAACCUUCCAGCCUCCUCUGCAUGUAACCUCGCGCCCACCCUGGGAUUGGCUGGCCCCAGCAUCCAGCUGGGAACCGAGGUCCAGAGAGACUUGCCCUGGGUCACGUAAGGAGUUUUUAGCAGAGCUGGGACAUGAGCCCUGCUCUCCUGAAUGCCAGCCUAGUGCCCUCCUCCAGGUCAAUCCUUCCUGACUACAUGCUUGGCUGCACGUGACUGGGCUGGGCUGAGUAGGAUGUGGGUCUUGGGCUGCAUGCUGUUCCCUCCAACAGUCAAUGUGCCCUUGGGGAUCUGACCUUUGUUCUGCCCGUCCCCGCAGGGGCAUGCAUCGUGCAUUUGCUAGAUCUGCACCCAGCUGCUCUAAUAAACAACCCCCAAAGUUGAGCUGUGCUAGUGGUUUCUCCUUAGUGGAGCCGGGCUGGCACAUGCCAUCCUUUCUGCCAGGUCUGGGCAUCAUCACUUCCCUAUGGCCCAGCUUGGGGGCUGCCUGGGCCCAACCCAGCCUUCCCUCAGCUCUUAGAAGAGGGGAGCUGGGGCUGAAGGGCCAGUGUCCAUAGAGGGGACAAGGCCAGGUUUCAGGAGAGCUGGGGUGGGGAUGUGUGUACAAGGACUCACCGUGCCCCAGGCUUGUGGAGGUGAAUGAGGGGAAGGCAGUGUUACCCACACAAUCUACAGCACCCGGCCUAUACCCUACGGAGGGCUCAAGGCAUCAACCAGUCAAUUUACGCACCGCACCCUUUUACACCCUGAGCCCUUGGAAGGAAGGCACCAAUCCUUAUAUGACCCAGGGUGCCAGGGCAGCCCUCACUGAAAAUGUCAAGGGCAGGGCAGGCUGCAAAAGGGAGAGCAGAUACUCCCAAAACUGAUGGUUAACACUGAAGUUAAACUCUGCAACCAGUCACAAACUGUGAUUCUGGUCCCCCACGCUCGUUAUCAAGAGCAAAAAAAAAAAAAAAAAAAUCACACAGCCCCCUUUAUUGCAUUCCAGUUCUCUGGCCCCCAGUCCGCACCUAGGUCCAGUACAGUGAGAAGUUGUUUAAAAGCUCUGCUCAUAUAUACAAAAUGUUCUAACCCCAAAGGGCCAGCCAUGUUACCAGGUCAAUACUAGUUUGGAACUUACCCAAAAUACCAAUCCUUUGGUGUCUAAAACUAAAGAGUAUAAAGAAAAGAAAAAGAACAAGAAGAGAGUUAUUAAAUGGUGAAGCAGUCCGAUACAUACUUCAAAGUCCAUAUAUCUGGUUCUUAGCAGUAUUGGUGAGUUUGCUGGCUUGAAAGUCCCUCUGGAACACAUGCACAGCUUGGAUGGGUUAUUCAGUCCUUGGUUCAGAGCUUCAUUUGUAGAGAAGGUGCAGCAGCCUUUUAUAGUCUUUAUAGUCUUCUUUGUUUCAAACACAAGCUGCCCAGCACAUGGCAUGGAGAAGCCUUAGAUUUCUGUCCGUAGAGUUCAAGCCCUUGCAUGGCUUGCUGACUUAUAAGGUGUAGUCCAGGGGUGGCCAACCUGUGGCUCCGGAGCCACAUGCGGCUCUUCAGAAGCUAAUAUGUGGCUCCUUGAAUAGGCACUGGCUACAGGGCUGGAGCUACAGGCGCCAACUUUCCAAUGUGCUGGGAGGUGCUUGCUGGUCAACCCCUGGCUCUGCCACAGGCCUUGCCCCCAUUCCACCCCUUCCCGCCCCCUCUCCUGAGCCUGCUGUGCCCCCUUCCUCUUCCCUUCCCCUCCAGAGCCUCCUCCACACCACAAAACAGCUAAUGGAGGGGGAGGCACUGAUUCGGUGGGGCUGCUGGUGGGUGGGAGGCACUCAGAGCAGGGGCGGGAGCUUAUGGGCUGAGGCUGCUGAUGUAUUACUGUGGCUCUUUGGCAAUGUACAUUGGUGAAGUCUGGCUCCUUGGGCUCAGGCUGGCCACCCCUGGUGUAGUCCCUGGCUUUUUCAAUGGGUUCAUUGUAUAGCUGAUGACCCUUGAUGGGCCAUCAAACAGGCUAGACAGUGCUGAUGCCAAUCUAUCUGGGGGUGUUACCCAGAAACACAGCAUAAGUUUUGAAACAGAUAUAUCAUGCAUAUCUAUAACUCACAAAUCAAAAGUGAUACAAACAUAUAAACUAGAUCUUCAUACUUAGCAAAUCAUAAGAUUUUCAAAGAUACCUUACAUGGCAUAUCUGUCAGAUUCCUUGUAAUUUUAUAAUAUAUCAAUAUCACAAAAAGAACAGGAGUACUUGUAUCCUCACACCUUCUUGUCAACUGUCUAAAUGGGCCAUUUUGAUUAUCACUACAAAAGUUUUUUUUUGUCCUGCUGAUAAUAGCUCAUCUUAACUAAUUAUCUGUAUGUGUGUGUAUAUAUAUAUAUAUCUUACUAUAUGUUCCAUUCUAUGCAUCCGAUGAAGUGGGCUGUAGCCCACGAAAGCUUAUGCUCUAAUAAAUUUGCUAGUCACUAAGAUGCCGCAAGUACUCCUUUUUGCGGAUACAGACUAACACGGCUGAAAAAUAUCACAAAGUGUUCCCCAUAUUUCAUACAGCAUCACACCUGUCAUAAAUAUUAAGGGAAGGGUAAUCACCUUUAAAAUCCCUCCUGGCCAGAGGAAAAACCCUUUCAUCUGUAAAGGGUUAAGAAGCUAGGAUAACUUCACUGGUACCUGACCAAAAUGACCAAUGAGGAGACAAGAUACUUUCAAAGCUGGAGGGGGGGAGAAACAAAGGCUCUGUCUGUCUGUGUGAUGCUUUUGCUGGGAACAGAACAGGAAUGGAGUCUUAGAACUUAGCAAGUAAUCUAGCUAGAUAUGUGUUAGAUUUUGUUUUCUUUAAAUGGCUGAGAAAAUAAGCUGUGCUGAAUAGAAUGGAUAUUCCUGGUUUUCUGUCUUUUUGUAACUUAAGAUUUUGCCUAGAGGGAUUCUCUAUGUUUUGAAACUGAUUACCCUGUAAGGUAUUUACCGUCCUGAUUUUAUAGAGGUGAUACUUUUACUUUUUUUUCUAUUAAAAUUCUUCUUUUAAGAA